AUGCCAAACCCCAUGGACGACCGUCUGCGCGUGGUGGCGGUGAUACACGCUUUGAAAGCAUCUGGAGUUCGCGUGAAAAACUGGAAGAACUUCUUGAAUGGGCCAUACACGAGCGAUCCUGUCAGACAGGAGAACCAAUCUAAAUUUGCUUUUGGUCGGGACCUGAUAUUGCUGCCACAGUGUGAUUUAACUGAUAUGAGUGGGACAGUGCCAAAGUUCUUGGUGGAUGCCUGUGAAUAUUUAUCCCAGCAUCUUCAUACUGAAGGGCUGUUUCGAAAGACCGGGUCGUUUAGCCGGAUGCGAGCUCUGAGGGCUGGCCUGGAGCAGGGGGAGCCAGUCUUUUCUCUGCCACAUUCAGCCACUCUGCAGCCCUGUGAUGUGGCAUCUCUUGUGAAGCAGUUCUUACGGGAGUUGCCCUCGCCCCUCAUCCCUAUGGAUCUACAGGUGCCACUGUGUCGUGCACAGGGCUUCGACGAGGAGGAGGGUCGGCAGGAGCAGGGUGAGGAUGGAGCUCUUCUUCUCACAGCCCUGUUCCCCCCGUCGCAUUCACGGGCCCUCCGAUACUUCUGCACCUUCCUGAGACAGACGGCUCAAAGAUGUAAAGAGAAUCGUAUGGAAGUGGGCAAUCUGGCUCUUGUGAUUGCACCUAAUCUGCUACAUUGUCCAGCUGGGGGCUCUAAACUGACCGCAGGUACAGAGAGACGACUGCAUAGACAAGCAGCAGUGAUCAAGAAACUCAUAAUACACGCUGAUCGCAUUGGUGUUGUCCCCCCUUCUAUUAUGGACAUGGCAACAGUAGCAGAGUCCUCCACACCCCCAGUUGAUGGGGGGAGGUUUCAGGAGAGGGCAGGACUUGGUGUGUAUAGACUUUUAGGACAUCAAAGGAGGCGCAGUGUUGGAGAGAUAUUUGUGGAUGCUCUCAGUAAAUUGAAGACAGGCCGCACUCACACUGACCUUUUACAUCCCCCAGACAGUACGUGCAUAAUGUUGUGGUAA